AUAUCACAUAUGCUUUCUGAAGAAGACAAACAUGUCUUCACUACAGCGACUCAGGAAUUGCUUACAGACAAUUCUCAGACAGUUGAAGUCCGUUUUCAUGUCGUUACUGAUAAAGCUACGAUUGAGAUGGAAGGCAAGGGGAUGUUGAUGUAUAAUAGAGUAACAGGGGAGGCAAGCCAUACA